AUCUCCUUGGCUAAUCACAUUGAUCACCUCUUAGAGCAUAAGAGCUAUGUGUCCUUCAGGGGGAGGGGAAAAGUCCUUUUCCAAACAGAGGAAUUGAGCAAGAAGGACUUUGCCAAUGCACCUUGGAUUUAAGACCUCUCUUUCCACUAACACCCAAGUCAGGAGCGAUACCAGCAACUGAAUUUCAGCUGGAGAAAGGGCCACAGCACAAUGAAGCUUUUCAUAGGCCUUAUUUUCUGUUCCUUGGUGAUGGGAGUCAGCAGUGAUGGCUGGUUUUCAUUCUUCAAGGAGGCUGUGCAAGGGGCUUCGGACUUGUGGAGAGCCUACUGGGACAUGAAAGAAGCCAAUUACCAAAAUUCAGGCAGAUACUUUCGUGCUCGAGGGAACUACGAGGCUGCCCAGGGGCCCGGGGGCAUCUGGGCAGCAAAAAUCAUCAGCAAUGUCGGGGAAUACUUUCAAGGACUCUUACAGUACCUUGGAAGCAGCUCUGAGAGGGAGGAGGACCAGGUGUCCAACCGGAGAGCGGAGGAAUGGGGCCGGAGUGGACAAGACCCAGAUCACUUCAGACCUGCUGGCCUGCCUAAGAAAUACUGAGCCCCCGGCUCCCUCUGCUCCAUGGGACUAGGCUAUGAGCCACACAUCACUCCCCUCACCGCCCCCAACAGGACACAGUGCACUGAGCUUUGUCUCCCCAAGAUUUGAGACAGGGCAUCCUAAGGUCCCCAAUAAAUGUUGGUCACACUGAGUUUGUUGA